AUGGAGAAGGCGAAGCGAGAAGCAACGACAAAGUCGGAGCGUUUGGCAAUGCUCGCAUUUCUCCGUAUACAAGAGAACUUUGCUCUAUUGACAGGACAAGCCACCAAGGGCAAGACAAAAAAAGGGGGGCAGAAACUGACACGAGCAUACGGCCUUCAAAGACUAGCGGACGACGACGACCUCGAUGACCACGACUACUCCAAGGACCAACGUGACUCAACAACAUCGGGCAAUCCCAACGACGACCCCGACGUUGACGAGUACUGGGCAGAGAACGAUGCUGCCGAUCCUGGGCGGCAAGCCGACGCCCUACUUGACAACGAAGUUGCAACACGUCACACAGGCAAGGGCAAGGGAAAAUCCAAAGUCGUCCCACGCAAGUUCCCAAUGCCGGAGAAGCGCCUGCCCCCUCGAAAGGACUUCUCGUACAUGUAUAUGGCUGCGCAGAAUGAAACGACUCAGCUGAACGUGAGAA